GCGUCGCCAGCGCCGCAGUAGCUCGCGCGGUGCCUGUCGGUAGCCGCGUGCGGGGCAGCGGGGCAGCGGGGCGGCGGGCGGCGGCCAUGGGAGAUAUCCCAGCCGUGGGCCUCAGCUCCUGGAAGGCUUCUCCAGGGAAAGUGACUGAGGCAGUGAAAGUGGCCAUUGACGCAGGGUACUGGCACUUCUACUGUGCUUACUUUUACCACAACGAGAGGGAGGUUGGAGCAGGGAUCCGUUGCAAGAUCAAGGAAGGCGCUGUAAGACGGGAGGAUCUGUUCAUUGCCACUAAGCUGUGGUGCACCUGCCACAAGAAGUCCUUGGCGAAAACAGCAUGCAGAAGGAGUCUCAAGGCCUUGAAGCUGAACUAUUUGGACCUCUACCUCAUACACUGGCCCAUGGGUUUCAAGCCUCCUCAUCCAGAAUGGAUCAUGAGCUGCGGUGAACUUUCCUUCUGCCUCUCACAUCCUGGAGUGUAGGACUUGCCUCUGGACGAGAGCAACAUGGUCAUUCCCGGUGACACGGACUUCCUGGACACGUGGGAGGCCGUGGAGGACCUGGUGAUCAUCGGGCUGGUGAAGAACAUCGGGGUGUCAAACUUCAACCAUGAACAGCUUGAGAGGCUUUUGAAUAAGCCUGGGUUGAGGUUCAAGCCACUAACCAACCAGAUUGAGUGCCACCCAUAUCUUCCUCAGAAGAAUCUGAUCAGUUUUUGCCAAUCCAGAGAUGUGUCCGUGACUGCUUACCGUCCUCUUGGUGGCUUGUGUGAGGGGGUUGACCUCAUAGACGACCCUGUGAUCCAGAGGAUUGCAAAGGAGCACGGCAAGUCUUCCGCUCAGAUUGUGAUCCGAUUUCAAAUCCAGAGGAACGUGAUAGUGAUCCCUGGAUCUAUCACCCCAAGUCACAUUAAAGAGAAUAUCCAGGUGUUUGAUUUUGAAUUAACACAGUACGAUAUGGAUAACAUCCUCAGCCUAGACAGGAAUCUCCAACUGGCCACAUUCCCCAUAACUAAAAAUCACAAAGACUAUCCUUUCCACAUAGAAUACUGAGGACAGCUUCCCCUUCCUUGUUUCUGCUCAGCCCAGAUGCAGAUCACCAUUGGUGAUGUUGACCCUCCUCUGUCAUCACAGCGCCAGGGCAGCUGUGCCUGGGACAGGAGCCACACAGUCAGAGGGGGGUGCAAGAGCCGCCUUCUCUGACAAAUCUGGAGAAUUGAGCGUGUUCUAAGUGAAGGCACUGGGGUUUCUCCAAGACAGCCUGUGUGGCCUCUACUCUGAACAAACACACUGAUGACUCAUCGAUGAAAUUUGCCUUCACAUUUUAAGAAAACUUUAUCUUAUGGAGUUAUUUAAGCCAUCUACAGAGCUGAGGAAACAGUGUAAUGUGUCUCUGCCCCAUUGCGCAGCUCCACCCAUUGUGCCCCAGGCCAGCCCGCGUCACCUUCACUUCCUUCUCUGCCCUGCCAAUGGCCCCAGGUAUUCUAAAGCAGAGCCCUUCCCUUCCCCUAGUGGGAAGGAAAAUGGGAUAAGUCUGGGACACUGUUUCAGUUCAGUAAAGAGGCUUUUUUCUUCCUUAAAAAUCUGAAUUUUAAUUUCUUUUUUUUUUUUUUGAAACAGAGGCUCACUAUGUCGCCCAGGCUGGAGUAUAGUCAAGUGAUCUCAGCUCACUGCAACCUCUGCCUCCUGGGCUUAAGUGAUCCUCCUGCCUCAGCCUCCCAAGUAGCUGGUUAAUUCCUAAAUACCAGUUUUUAAUAUGGUCUUCUGAUAAGUCAGAUUAUACCUGGGGAACCCCCAUAGCGGAGAUGAAAUACAGCUCACUUUCUCACAUCUGCUCAUUCAGCCUGUUUAGAUUCAUGUAUCAGAAGGAGGCCCGGCAGAGCAUGGUGUUCACACCCAGGCAUUGGUAGAGGGUGUGGUUUAAUGGACUUUGUGUGGUCCAGACGCCAUGAUCCCUGUCCUUGCUGUCUGCUCAGUGAAUCUGGCCUAGCUCUUGUGCCCUGGGAUUCACACCGAAUCUCCAAGGAUGUGACUUCUCAACUCACAGGCCCUUGGCUCCUAUUCAAAAUGAGUUAAGCCGGAAAGAAAUUGAUGUCGACUCCAUGGUCUCUUCCCGCUUCUUGCGUCCCCCACAUCAGCCUCCAUACGAGCCUCUCAUUUCCUCCUCCCUCUGCAUCAGGUUCAGGGAAGAUAUGGAGGUGUUGCCCAGUGGCUGAAGGGGACUGUUUGCGGACAGUUCCCCUCCACAUCACUUCCCAUUUUUCACUUUAUCACAGGCAGGCCAGCUGAGUUAGAGGUGUGGGUUCUGCAGAUAAAAGUUGUGCCUUUCUAGCUCUGUGAUCCUGAGCAGAUUGCCUCACCUCCCAGCCCUUGGUGUCCUUGUCCACUCAAUGGAGGAAUUGCAGCACCUCCCAGUUGUGGAGACAGUGUCUGGCCCAGGAUAUGUUCCAGGAAGAAUGCGUUGUUACUGCGACCAGUAUCAUUGCCAUUGCCUCGUUCCUCAGUUUCUCAUCCACCUCCCUGCCCAGCCUUCCAGAUGUGCAGGGGCGUGUAGAAACCUUCUAGCUUGGCCUCAAGAGAGGACUUUGCCGCAGGCGUCACCAAAACUAAAAGACGUGACUGGUGCGAGAGCCUCAUGGGAGCCUCGCCCUACUGGGGGUAGGAUUGAGGGUGGGGUGUCAUGGUUUCACCAAGUUUCCAGGGAGAGUUUAAUCAGAAGACUGUUUACAAAGGACUCAGGAAAUGGGAGAGUCUCUUGACCUUCCUAUGAUCAGGCCCUGCUCCACCACCAUGGACCUUUAAUUUUUCCAUGUUCGUGACUCCUUAUCAUUCAUUAGCUGUGUGACUUUGUGCAAAUUACUUAACCUCUUAAACCUUUAAACUCUUUGUCACUGUCUACCUAGAGGUGUUAGGAUUCAGUGGCACAGUGCUAUGCAGCAGGUGACACAGUCAUCUGCAUGUAGCACUCUUGUGAACACAUGCGUGUGUAGGUGUGUGACUUGUAUUUUAUCUCCCACAGAGUCAAAAAUCUACCUGCUAUUUUGUGAAUUUUCCUUGUCACUUAUACCUAAACCAUUGUUCGUUGACCUUGAAAGUAGAGAGUAGAAUGGUGGUUACCAGAGGCUGGGGAGGGCAGGGGUGGAUGGCUGAUGAGGAGAGGUUGGUCAGCAAGGACAAAGCUGCAGUUGGGAGGAAUGAGUCUCAGCGCUCCAUUGCACAGUAGCAUGAGUUGGUUAACAAUAAUACGUCAGGUGUCUCACGAUAGCUGGCCACUGAGGAUCCACUACGGUAUUUGCAUUUCAUGGAUUUACUUCCAGCCGGCAUGAAAACUGAGUGAAGCUGACCAGCAGGUGGCGCUGGGAAGCACUUAAUGUUCCAGUGCAUCUGCGGCUCUUAACAGGAGAUGGCAGCCUUUUACUGUCUUUAAAAGACCUCUUCAACUUUGUACAAUCACAGGAAGGAAACAAUGGAUAGCAAAAAGAGGCAAACACUGGGCAAUUGCAAAGCUUAAAAAGUUUCACAGAAGUUACGCAGCCUCGUUCUUGAGCAGUAUUUCCCAGUUCCCUUUUCAGAUGGUAAUUGAUAACCCGGUCCCUCUUGUCUGUUCAUUCUGAGUGGAGCUGACAAGCCCUCCCCUUCCUUGGUUCCCUGCUUUUCUCUAGGGAAUGUGACUUCUAUGUAAGUUCUUCCCCACUCUGGGGCCUGGAGACCAAGGUCCACAGAGGAGGUGUAAACGUGUGCCCUUACGGGACCCUCUGCGUCAAAUGAUUGUGGGCAUCUCUCCUGACUUUAAGACUGGGAGAUACUCAGAUACUCGUUUCAGUAGCUGCUUCUCCUCAUUGGCACUUUCUUAUUUUAUUUGAAUGGAAAAUCCAAGGAUAAGUGGUAAUCAAAGGCUUAAAAAGCUGGAAACAGAUUCGGGAGGUGUGGAUGAGCAUCAAAUGGGCAUCAAGGAGCAAGAGACCUUGGGGAGGAUGGCAGGGGCUCACUGACUGAUGGCAGUUUAUGUUUGAUUGUUUUGAGAAACUGCCAACUGUUUCCCAAAGUGCACAGGCUUACAGUCGCAUCAGCAAUGUGCAAGAUUCCGGUUUCUCCACACCCUCGCCAGCAUUAGUUUUGAUCUGCCCCUGUUGUUGUUACAGCUAUUUUAGUGGAAGUUCAGUGGUGUCUCAUUGUGGAUUUAAUUACAAUUCCUUACUGCCUAAUGAUCUGAGCAUCUUUUCACGUGCUUAUUGGCCAUUCGUAUGUCUUUGAUGAAAUCCCCCAUGGCAUUCCUAUGAGUUCACUGUGGUGCCGCAGGGUGACUAUGUGCACAGUCUUGGAACUGUGCAUUUAGAUACUAUUUAUUAGUUCCCAACUUUAAUCAGUGAUAAAAUUCGCAUUUUAGCACGUUUAUUUCUCCAUCUUUUCUCUUUCUUCCAUUUCUCCUUUUCUUCACACAGACAUCUAAUAUGCACCUUAAACUUUAUGUGUCUAAAACAAUGCUUCAAGCACAACCCCAGCUCUCCAACAAGCUUUCUUUAUUGUUAUUCCUUAGUUAUAAAGAUGAGGAAGACUUGGUCUUGCUCUUAAACACCCUAGUUGAAAUGGGACAGGCACACAUGUGGAGGCGAUCACAGUACAGUGACAUGUGAUGCGACCAGCUCUGGCUGGGUUCGGGCACAUUUUCAUUUUAUAUCAUGAAAUUGAUCAAGACCCUGUGUCUUCAUUGUGUUUCCUUUUUCUUGUUAUGCAGCAUAUUUUCACAGGACUGAAUUCUUUUACGUAUCCAUACACUGGGGCAAAUCAACUAUCCAGACCUAGGUUAGCAACAUUAGAUGAUGUGACAUCCACUGUGCUGUGGUCAUUGUCACUCCUGGUUGGAUUCUGCUCUGGGCAGAGAGGACUAAUGGGCGUGACUCUAGGCCCAGUUUCCAUGGCCUGGCAGUCCUCACUAGGAGACUAGAGCUGGACUGGAAGCCUAUCUUCACCAACUGGUUUCUGGUACUUUGAACACAUAGAGAACAAGGAAAACUACAAUUUUUAAUGUGCAUUUCUGUCACAUAUCGCCUCUGCCACUUAGAAUUAUAUCCAUGCUCCAACACCAAUCCCUCCCUAACAUUAGCUAGUACUAACUUGAUGCUUUCUGUGUGCCAGGUACUAUUCUGUAAGUAUGUUACACGUUUUAACUCAAUCUUCACAGAAAGGUAGGAUUUACCAUUAUUUCCAUUUUAUAAAUGAAAUAACCAAGGAAUAGAGAAGUUAAGUAAAUUACCCGCAAAUACCCAGUUAGUAAAGUGAUGUGAGUAGAAUUUGACUCGAUAAAUCUGGCUUCAGAGGCUGGGCUCUUAAUUACAUACCAUGUGGGAAAUAGUUAACUAUGUACUCUUUCUCUUGGAAUUAAUCUUUUUAAACUAUGUAAAUAAGAGGGUGAGACUUUUGGUGUUGAUUCCUGAGAAGAUAGGACACAUUCCACCCCGCAGGAUUGGCAUGUGGCCCAGUGACAGUGCCAGAACCUUUGAACACACAGCUCCAUUCCAUGUGACACCAGUGGAAAAUCAAACAUUUCUUGGCAGUGUUGAUGAGUAUUUGGAUGAAAGAAACAGAAGAGCUCAUUAAACCUGCAAAACUCUAUUCCAAUGGUGACCAGCAUUACUUCACCUGGGAAAUCAUUGAAAAACAAUUACUGUGAGACCAGAUUGGUGAGUCACAUGAAUUCAAGCCAUUAUAUGCUUAAUUUACUUCCAGGCCUGAUUUUAAACAGAGGCGAUAUAUUUAAAUCAGAAGGAGAUAUGGAAACAGCAAUUUCUUGGCUAGAAAAGUCAACAUCUCUAGGGGGAAGUGGAAAAUUCUCAAAGAGCUGAAGAGCAUGAAAAAGGCUCCUUCUCUUGUCAAGACAGAUGACAGCCCUCACUAGUGAAGAAGAUUCUACAGGCAGAAAGGGCCCUGAACAAAUGCCGGGCAACAACAGAAACUGUGGUGCAAUUAAUUCUUGUAAAAUAAUAAGACAGAAAUAGCUCCAUCAAUGGAAGGAGAAUACAGUUAGCUAGAGACUACCCAAAACGAGAAUCUCUGAAAUUAAGUUAGAUUAAGUUGGAUUGAGUUGUGACAGCUGCAGGGACAGACCUUCACUACUGUGCCACCCCACCUGGUGUCUAAUGAAUUUACGCUGAAGCAGGUUAGGAAAAUUGGAAAGCAGAAAAUACAACAGAGAUGGAUGGGCAAGGUCUGCUGGAACUGCUGCUGCUUUUUUAUUUUCAUUUUAUUUUUUUGUUGUUGUUCUAAAAAUAUUUUAUUCUUUUUUUUUUUGGCUUACACGGCAGAAAUUCAUUUUCUCACAGUUUUAGAGGCUAGAAGUCUAGGGUCAAGGUGUUAACAGAUUUGGUUUCGUCUGAGGCCUCUCUCCAGGACUUUUCCUUCUGUGUCCUCACAUGGUCUUCCUUCUGUGUGUGUCUGUGACCUUGAGGGAUAUUUUAAAGCUGAAGAGAUAAAAGAGGUUGUGGGGCUAUGUCUUAAGACAAAAGAACAUUUAGGAAACCUCAGGAAAUGAUCAGAGUGGGAUAGAUGUUACUAGAAGAAACAAAGAAAUUGAAUUCAAUUGGGAGUUGGAAUCAUUUACAAAGCAAUGGGGAAAGUAAGCCCCUAAAAACUAUUGUAGCAUAUAAUAACCAGAGCCAGACUCUCAUAAUGUAUUCCCCAAGACAAAAGAAAAAUAUUUACAAGAUUGGCAUUGUUUUAUAUGUUUGCGAACUUAUUUAAUAAGUCUGGCUUAGUAGAUUUCAUAUCUGAGUCUGCAUUCAAUCAAAAUGUCUUGGCUAAACUUCAUGAAAAAACCCCAGCCUCAUAAAUUAGUAGUUGGAAAAAGGAGGCAUAUUUAGAGCUUUUUCAGAUAAUUGUAUUGUAUUUCUUUGAUACAUUAGACUGGACACACAGUAGUUUGUUUAAGGUUAAUUGCAAUAUUGCAAUGAGAUACUUGUUGCCAAAAAAAACAAAAAAAAAGCCAAACUCUGUAA